AUGGCAAGUGCUGAAGGCUUGCAUUUGACACUUGUUAUUAACUGCUUCCUCAACGCUUUCUUGUCUUUCACCGCCAUCGUAUUAAACAUCAUAACAAUGCAAGCGCUCAGAAAAACGUCGUCGUUACCUAAGACUUUAAAAACUUUGCUACUAAGCUUGGCUGUGUCUGAUCUGGGUGUAGGCUUACUUGUCCAACCACUGUAUGUUGCAAUUCUUGUGAUGAAAAUAAAACAAAACACAAACAGUACUGCUUAUAAAGCAGUAAACGAAGCGUAUUUAAUCCAGAAAAAAACAUUGGUCUUUGCUUCGAAUUUUAGUGUUUUUGCAUUAGCUGUGGACAGAUUCUUGGCCAUUUAUCUUCAUCUCAGAUAUCAGGAGCUUGUGACUCACAAAGGUGUUGUUGCUGUUGUGAUCUCAGUCUGGGUGUUUAGUGCAUCAAUUUGCAUCCUACGUAAAUUGUAUGAUUGUGAUAUUAUGCGAGCGGUCAUUUUAGUUGUUUGUGUCGUAACUACAGGAUUGCUUUUUUGCAAGAUAUGCGCAGCCGUGAGACACCACACAAACCAGAUUCACGCUCUGCAAGUACAACAGGCGACACAGAAUGAAGAUAUGGCAAACGCCACAAGACUGAAAAAAUCUUCACUGGCUACAUUCUACAUUUAUUUCGUGUACUUAGUUUGUUAUUUGCCAAUAUGUUGUGUUGUUUUUGCCAAGACCAAUGGUGAAACUCCCUUGUUAUCUCAUUUAUGGUAUAACACAUUGACUCUUGUGUUUUUCAAUUCAUCCCUCAAUCCCUUGAUCUACUGCUGGAAGAUGAGACACAUUCGACAAACUGUUUUGGAUAUACUUCGAAAUAUUUUUGCGAUUGGUCCACACUAAAGAAAGGAUCUAACUGAGAAUAACUUCUGCCUUUUUCUCUCUGAGCGGUGAAAAUAUUAGCUUUCCAGCAGUAAAGUGGGAAAAAUGACACUAAAUAUAAAAGAGACCUGAAACCUUCUUGUACUCCCUGUUUGAAGGCAAAGGGAUAAAUAUAUGAUCGAGUGAGUAUAAGUUGAUGAUAUUUCAGUUUGCUUUGGAAUAAUAUUUUUAACAAAUAACGGAAACUCGAUCUGAAAGCAUUAUUUAUCAAAGUCAGAAAGAGGGCAAAAAGAAAACGGUACGUAGGUGGUUUAGGACAAGUGACUUGAUAAAUAGGGGGCCGUCAGUUUCCAAAUUUUUAUGGGCAAAAAGUUCUGUGCACAGUAAAGUGUCUUAAAAAGUUUACUAGAUUUUGUUAACCAUAGUGCAUGCGAUGAAGAAAACUAACUAAAGAGGAGAGAGUUCAAAACUAUAUCAAUAAAUCUUCCAUACUGAAUGUACCAAGAGUGGUAAAAAGAUUUACCGAUAUAGCAACAACAACAACAACAACAACAACACAUAAUAAUAAUAAUUAUUAUUAUAAUAAAAAUAAUAAUAAGAAGAAUACUAAUGAGAAUACUAAUGAUAAGAAGAACAACACAGCCUAUUUGUUGAGAAAGACGAAAACUAUACUGGUAGUUUAUACUGUUGAGAAUAUAUAUUACAAUAAAGUUCAAUAAAGUUCACGUGAAAAAGUUAAAAUGUUUUGAAGAAUGGUAAAAAUAUACCAUUUAAGAGGCGGUCCGUGUAAGAACCGACCACUCGAAUUUCCGCGGAAAACAGAACUUCUUCAUUUUUUUUCUGCGACAUAAGUGUGAUUUUCUUUCAUGCUUCCUUUAUUAAAAAAAAAAACAAAAUAUUUAAAUUCUGACUUAAAAAAAGGAAUUAUGAUGUUUUCAAAAUACAACGUGAAGCGUCCUUGAAAAAAAUGAGCGGUUGUCCUAGUUUUUGAAAUGAGCUUUUUUCAAAAGUCUGAGUGCUGGUCACUAUCCCUGUUUAGUACUAGGGCUAGUGUAUCGAAAUCAAGAAAAAUAUUUUUGGGCACUGUUGAUUCCGAAGCACAAGAGUUCGAUAAAGUUGGGUAAUAUUCGACUUUAAUUGUUCGUAUGACGUAAUUUACGCAUUUUCGUGAUUCCCGAACUUUCACACUGAAAAUCGAACCGAGAGAGCAAAUACGGUAAAAUUCCGAAAAUAAGCCCCUCCAUGUAUAAGCCCCUCCAAAUAUAAGCCCCCCAAACUCGUAACGCAAAAAACCCUCCAUUAAAUCGCCCCUCCAAAUAUAAGCCCCUGGGGGCUAAAUGUACCUGGAAAAUUGCCCUCAAAUACAAAGUAAAACAAAGCAAAAACGGUAAAUUUACUUUCAACUAUAAGGCUAGCCCAAUCGAUUUUGAAACGCAAAUUUCCCUCCGUAGAUAAGCCCCUCCGAAUAUAAACCCCUCCAAAAGGGCCUUUGAAAAAUAUAUAAGCUCUGGGGGUUAAUUUUGGAAUUUUACGGUAUAUUAAAAAGUAGCUUUUAUUGUUCGAGAUAAACUGUAAAUAACUAACAACUUACCAAAAUGCUACACGAAAGCAGAAAUUGCGAAGUUUAAUAGCCGAAAUUAUCGAUUCCGGCGUCAGUUGUCGUCUAAGUUUUCUUCUAAAAAGUUGUUAACAAAAUUUAUUUCAAUUAAAUUGGUCUUAGGUUUGCAUGAUCAACAAAGAAAGAAAAAAAUCUUUUCAUUCAAUUGCAAGUUAAGCAUAUAAGUAUUUGACGAAAGUGAGUUCUGUUUAAAAGAAUUACACAUUUUAUUAAAAACACUCGGUAGAACGCAGCCGCAAUUCAAAUCAUCUGAAGAGUGUUAAUUUCCCGUCACGUUGGCUACACGUGAAUGUCAGUUUUUUUAGCUUGUCACGCGUAAUUCCUUUUUUUUAUUACGGUUGACAAAAAACAUGUUCUUUUCUAAUUCGACUUUUUAAAAAUUAUAAAAGUCAUAAAACGUCUUUUCAAGUUUUUGAAAAAAUAACUGCCCUCACGAUUUUUUUUUCGUUCCCUUUCAUGAAUUCGAGGUUGAAAAACCCUGUUGGUUACUUAAUAGCAGUUUGUGCCUUAAUGCGGCUGGUUACAGUCACAGCCUUCAAGAAAUUCGGAUAGGUUCGCUACAAGAUUUUUGUUUUCUGUCGCGAGAACUAAAAGGAAUUUCAAAGUAUUUCAGGACCAAGGACCAAGGACCAACGUGGGUGGCCACCUCUUCCAGGACGGCUCGUCUCUCCUGCUCUUCCUGUUCUGCCUGUACGUCUUCAUUGAGCGCUUCCCGAUGUGCUUUUCUUCUUCGCGAGGCCGCUAGCCUGUACUUGACCUUUUGUGAGCCAGAGUUUCCUUUCCUUUUUUCCUUCCUUUCUAAACAUCAGAGAACUAUCUGGGUUUCUUGCAGUUCGCAUAUCUGCUGCCAUUUUUGCGGGAUCUGACUUGAUGCCAGUUCUUUCUCCAAGGUCAAAUUUCACUGUUAGGUACUGUUUAACCUCGGUAGGAAAACGCACAGCUUCGUUUCGGGGCUUGUGUAGAGGCCAUCCAGUUUACAAGUCAUUGCACUGGGGAGAGCGGCCAGUUUCAUUCUUUUCGUGACGCUCCUCUCCAACUGCUUCUGGCAUGCUUCUGAUUUAAUUUCUUCGUCCUUAUCAACAGUACGAAAUUUCUCCGCCCAGUCUCUUCUGAGCUUGUCAUACAGCGUAUCAGAGUUUCGGCGAACUUGGCUGUGCUCACCAAGAUCAAGGUGAUUUUCGAGUUCGCUGAAUUUCUUGAAAACCAUGUUGUACCCGGGCUCAAAACAAGAGAAAAGACCGUUGCAUUGUUCAUUUUCACUGUUUGUCUCUCUCUUAUAUACUCCAGCUUCUUUGAGAGUAAAGAAGUUCUCAUGCACAAUGAGAUCAGUAGGACCUUGAGGUUCAGUUAUGACCUCUCGGUAAGGAAUAAACCUGCCUAGUCCAACACCAUAAGCUCUCCAUGCUCUAAUUCCUUCCACUUCAAACUUGAAAUUGUGAUACUUGCUGAAACCUUCUAUCUUAUGUACUUCGAAGUGUCUUUUGAGUCUCAUUCAUUGCACACACGGAGGCAGUUGUACCUUGAACAGGGCGUUCUGAAAGCGCUACACGCAUGUCUUUCGCAGAAACGACAUCGUGUCCCUCAUUGCAAUAUCGUCGGAUGGAUGCUUUCAUUGGGCAAAGGAUUCUAUCACAGAUAUCUUUUCCAUACUGCGGCUCGGAAAAGUCAUACCGUGCUAGUUCAAUGCCUACUCGUCUUCCGGCAUCUCUAACGGCGGCUAAGAGAAAGUUAUUGUGGUAACAGCCUGCUUCGUCACUCCUUAGGUUCACUUGGGUAAUCUGGGGAUGUUCUUUCUUUACAACCUCAAGUGUGUCUUCGAUGAUCGAGCAUACUGCGUACCAGUCUGGCUGGCAAGAGUCGAAGAUAUGAGCAUACGAUUUCAGCUCAAUUUUUCCAGAGUCAACAUUCUUAGUUAUAAAGGUGGAAAUAUGCCAGCUGAGCCCCCGUUUGCCGAACCAUUCAGACUGUUUCUCACGAAAUUUUAUUUGGAGGAACUUCAUGGCCAGGUCCAUGAUCAGAAUGGCUGCCUGUGGGUCUUCUGAUUUCAGUGCAUCUUGUUUCGCCUCCUCUUGAUUUAUUGAGCACACAAUGUGUGCUUUCCACAGCACGUGAUGUCUGACUGAGCACGGUCAAAGUCGUAAAGGAAAUCUUCUCGUUUUUCGGAACUAUAAGGCUUCCAUGAUGACUCUUCAAUCGCUAGUCUCACUUCCUUUAGAACAUUCUUCAGCCCUUGGCAUUGCUCGCAAGUCGAUUGAUGCUGAUGCGGACAAGGAUGCUGGAGCUCAAGAUUAACAGGAUCACUAAGCGCAAACUUUCUACAGUGGUCAGCGCAAGUAGAGUGAGACUGUUGAAAAAAUAAUAAUAAUAAAAUAAUAAAAUAUUUAUAUAGCGCUUAUACUUUUCAGUUCUAAGCGCUUUACAUUACUUCAAAAAGGUCUGAAUAAAAAAUAAAAAUCCUAAAAUCAUUACAUAUAUACAUAUAUAAAAUCCUAAAAUCAUUACAUAUAUACAUAUAUACAUAGUCACUGUUGACAGUGCACACGGCAGUCAGUUUUGAGAUAGCGUUUAGCAUCGCGUAGGUUUUGGCAAAUACGGAGACACCACUGUUUUUCCAUUCCUCCUUUCUCAAGAGUUUCAACCAGCGUCUCGAUAGUCUGAAAGCCCUCAGCACCAUUUGCAGCUGUAUUGUUUAAGCCCUAGAGCGAUUUACUCUAAGACGCUUCUCGAACUUCUAAUAUUUUGAACAGCGUAGACCUACUAAGUGGCUCGUGACAUUGCUCUUUGCAAUAAUCCAAGUAUUGCUCAAUCAUUGUAGACCAGGUCAGGAUCCUUACAACGUUAGGCAUCUCAAUUCUGUCACCAUUAUCUAGGGUGAGUACCUUGUUACCAUAUGAAACAUCCUGUUAAAAAUAAGGGUCCAUUAAUGAAUUCUACAAAGUGGUCGACCUCCCCCAUAUCAAGGUGUACGCGAUGCUUCGUCUUGAUUUCAGGGAUGGUCCCAGGGCCGUGCAUUUUAGCAUGAGAACGUGCGUGCUUUAUUUCCCAUGUAGAGAGACUUCCGUAAGGUUUGUAAAUUUUCUUCAUCUUGGUCAUAGGGUAUCUUUUAGCGUAAAGGCUCAGAAUCUGUUUCUUUAAAUUCUUGGUCUUCGCGUUCUUAUAAGCCGUCUUGAGCACCACAAGAUCAUCGGGAGCUGAGCCAUCAAAUAUUUCUCUUUUUACAGACAUCACUGACUCGAAGAGCUCCUCCCCCGUUACCUCGGGGCAAUUACACUACAUGCGUGCAAGCAGUCCUCUUUAGCCUUUUUUACAACUUUCAACUGUUCCCCAUCGCUUGAGUUUUGGAAUGAAGAUUUUAAGCUGAUAUUUAAGGGGCUCGCGUUCUACUUUUUCUUGUGUAAUAAGACUCGCAGUUGUAUCCAUCGCCUCGUUAUACCUGCCGGCUGCAUCGGUUACCACGGGUGAAGUAAAAGAGGCCUCCUCUGACCCUGGAGUCCAGCAUGUUGUUAUGGGAUUCCAAGACGUUGGCGUUGAUUGGUCUUCAAGAAAUGGAGUCGAAGUGACCAUGCGACCGAUGGCUCCCACAGCAGCCUCUUUAGCAGGUCUGCGGAGAAUAGAAAUGGAAAGGCUACCCUCCCGACAGUACCUUUGAAGGAGCACAUCUCCCUCAGUUUCCUCAGGGUGUAGCCAGUCUGAUUUCCGAUCUAAUUCUUCACUGUGUUUCUUUCUGCACGCUGUGCAAAUAGCUUGUAACAAAAAGAAACAAAAAAAAGUUUUGCAACCUGGAAAGACUUAAAAAUACUAGAUUUACUACUACGUUGAUAAAAGAAACUACCGUAUACUUUUUUUAGUAAAAUCCAACAGGUGGUGUAUUAUCAAAGUUGCGUUCUGAUUGGUUGAGCUACUACUAGGCUUUAUGUUAUAGCCCCCUAGUAGCGAAAAGCGCCGGCUUUGAAAACCCAAACAAUAUGGCGGCUGAGUCGCGUUUUGCUUGCUAAAGUUUUUUUCUUUUUCGGUAUUUUUGACCAACUAGUUGGAUUUUACUAAAACAAUUAUUCCUCUCGCCCUCAUGGCCUCUGAGUUAAUAGCCCAUUCGGGCGCGAGGAAUAAUCGUUAAGUAUCCCAUCUUGGAAAUUAUAUUAUAUGGUCUAUAAAUCAGCGACCAGAUUUAUGGAUGACGCACAGCAAAGAACUAUUGCUAAUGAACUACAAAAACCAAAUUAUGAUCAUUUGAUGUGUCAUUUGUUUGGAAAUGAUUUUCUGGCCGCAAAAUACUAUCAAAUACGAGAUCGAUCGUUUAACGUUCAGGAAACAUAUAGAGUGGGACUUCCCCUCAGUAUAUAGCUCGCUUUUAAGUAAUUGGAUAAGGAACGAAAGUAUCUAGUUGAAGUGUUCAGGAAGACGAAAUUAAAUUAUGUGAACGACGCCAGAAAAAUUAACUAAAAUUAAAUUAAAAACAUGAAGAAAUAGUAAACCAGCAGAACAUUUUUAUCCUUAAUAGUAGCCAGUUUUUUGUACUUUGUUUAUUUUACCUCGUUAAGCCUGAUAAGUAGUUUCAGCUUCGAUAAAAUAACAUCCAACAUGUUUUGCACUGCGAACUGAAAUCUGAAUUUGACAUCGUCAGACACAACAUAAAUUAUGUCGUCUGCACACAAAAACUUGUGGCUAGAAAAUUCGGUACAUUUUGGUAAACGAUUUCUUUGUUGAAUCGUGUUAUAACUUUUGAGGUGGUAAUUACAAGGUAAAUCAAUUGAUAAUGUAUUUUGAUUUUUUUACCAUUGGUAGCCCCUUUAUUUCAGGGAAAUUUCUAAACUGUUUAGCCACAACUUGACAUGGCAACAUUCACCGGAGUUUGAAAAUAGCUGCCCCCUGACAGUAAUGAUUUUCAGUUUUUUAGUGGGAAAGUUCGGAAUCAAGAAAUGUGUAAAUUACGUCAUACGCACAAUUUUACAGUAUGAUAUUACCCAACUUAAUCGAACUCUUGUGCUUCGGAAUCAACAGUGCCCAAAAAUGUUUUUCUUGACUUCAAUACACUACCCUAGUACUGAACAGGCAUAGUGACCAAGACUCCAGAUAAUGUCAGACUUUUGAAAAAAGCUCAUUUCAAAACUAGGACAACCGCGCAUUUUUUUCAAGGACGCUUUACGUUGUAUUUUCAAAACAUCAUAAUUCCCUUUUUUAUGUCAGAAUUUAAAUAUUUUGCCUUUUUUGAAUAAAGGAAGCAUGAAUUAAAAUCAUACUUUUGUCUUAUGCUACUUGGAUAAAUGUGAAAUUUUUUGCGAGCCUUGAACAAAACGCUUAAAUUUGAUCUUAAAAAAGACGAUCAUGACAGCUUUGGAUCGACCGUCCAGGCAAAUCGCCGCCCAAAUUUCUUUUAGGGCCUGUUUACAUGGAGGUGAGGGACCCCAGGUAGGUGAGGUAACCCGUUUAGGUGGGGUAACCCGCCUGUUCAUAUAAUCUCUCAGUUUAAGUUGAUCACGUUUACAUGAUUGGUGGGGUGACCCGCCAAGGCGGGAGACCGGGUAACCCUCCCUGCCGGGGUGAAAUUUUACCAUAAACGUUUCAAGGUGGGGUAACCCGCCUAGCCGGGGUCGGUUUCGUGAUACAUCGAAUUCGCGCAAAAAUCACUUUGGCGGUGGCUGUGCAUCAUUAUUAAAGGUAAAAAUAGAAAGCCAUAGGACUGAAGGUUGCAGCAAGAGCAGCAGGUGAGUGUUGAAUAGCAUUAAUAGCCAAAACACGUGGUUUGCCAGCAUUUUUCUUGUGUACGUGAAAGCGACCAUUGAAUAAUCUUGACAAAGUGUGUCCCGGGAUGGCGGGGUUGUAAGAUUGCAUGUAAAGGAGGGUUAUUUUUUUACCCCACCUAAGCGAGUUACCUCACCUACCUGGGGUCCCCCACCUUCAUGUAAACAGGCCCUUAAAAAGCAGUAUGAGUCAAAUAAAUUUGGUUUUUGUUAAUGGAAUGGACUAAUUAUGUCGCAGAAAAAAGGUUCUGUUUUCCGCCGAAAUUCGAGAGGUCGGUUCUUUCACGGACCGCCUCUUGUUUAUGCACAGCUAGCCACGUAGAGAGAACGAGGCUAGCCGUGCAUAAACAAAGCUUUUUAAAUCUCCUGAAACAAAAUGGCCGCCGCGUGACAAAGGUCUAUAGCCUAAUUCCUUUGAAUCGCGUAUCGUAUGUCUGGCCUAGAGGUUAGUCCCUAUAAUGACCAAUGCGGAGAGGCUCAACCCGAUUCCAUGCCUCAGGUACAUGAAAGGAUAAGGAUUUCACUAGUUGAAAUAAAUGAAACAGUAUGGAAAUUUGUCAUUUCGGUCCGUAGAAAGGCCCAACACAACUGAAAGAUGCAUCAUGUCUGUGAGAGAGUCGGCGCGUAAAAGCUCUCUGGCUUUCUGAUUUGCUCACAUUUAAAAGACAGUACAUUUACAGCAGUUCGAAGGGAUACAAAGUUCUAAACUAGGUAUGUGAAAGGGGUACCAUUUAUCAAUAGAAGGCAGACGAAAGGGGUACUGUUGAAGUGACAAAUGCAAUAAUUGACCACAAAUGUAGUAAAAAUUAGCCACAAAUGUAAUAGAAACCUAAAAUGCUAUCAAAACCGUAUAUUAAUCGAAAGAGUACCACUUUAAAUUGCAGGCGGACACAAAAAAGUUCCGCGGCACCCUAGCCUUCAUAGCAGGCGCUAGGAAAUAAAUGGGCGCAGGAAAAAACGCGCGCGCGAGAAGGAAACACGCGAAGGGAAAGGGCGCGGGCACUCGCGCGCGCCCGUUCUUUCUUGCGCCCAUUUACUUCCUAACGCCUCCUACGCAGGUUAGCGGCACCCUUUCGAAAAACACAAUUCUAUGGCAUUUAAUCCAAAGAGCGCAGCCCUCAAAUAACUUUCGCAACUAAAAGUCGAAAAACAAUAAGCGCCGUGGCGCUCUUUCAAGUAAACAGAAUUAACUACACUCUUCUUACGCCCGCUCGCUCGCUCUGCGGACGAGAAACAUUUUUUUACUUGGCCUGACCGUAUCAGCAAAUCGGGACUAGCGUGCGAGAAUUUGCAUCAUAUAUUGGGAGUGUCACGUGGACAAACUGAAAGAAAGGGGCAACUCCUGAUCUGCCUUCCCCGCGUAUGCGUGGGAGAACUGCCGUGCGGUUCUCAGCCAGCAGCUCCCAAAAUUGGCUUAAUGACCAAAAUUGUGUUUCCUCAAGUUCAACACGGAUACAAACUGGAAAAUAUGAAAUCUGCGGCGUUUCCAUACCUGUAGAAGACAGAAGGUGCUUGGUUUGCAAACAAACCAAGUCGAAGAUGAACAACACUUCUUUAUGUUUUGCAAUGGGUACAAUGUAUUGCGACAGGAGUUAAUUAAUUUUGUUUCAAGUAAGGAUGUUGCUUUUGUGAAUCUUACUGCCCAUGACAGAAAAAAAUAUUAAUUAACAGCAGAGAAAAAUACUUGUAAAAUAAUAGUCAAAUAUAUUAAUCUUACGUUCAAAAAGAGGAAAGAAUUAUUGAAAAUGUAACUUGAUAGAAAAUCUUUGAUGAUUUUAUGGUGCGUACAUCAUUAGUUAAACGUUAUUUAACAGUUAAUGAAUGAGGCUGAGUAUCUUAUGAAGAAUUAGGGAGAUCGAGGAGGGUGUUAUCCGUCGAGGCCGUAGGCCGAGGCGGAUAACACCCUCCUCGAUCUCCAUAAUUCUUCAUAUGAUACGAAAGCCAAAUUCAAUAACUGUUUUAUUAUUCAUUCGAAAUAAUUCCUAGUUUAAAAACAUAGCUAAAACAUGCUUACCUCCAUCGAUCCAUCGAUGUUCAGUUCAUCUUCGAUAGUGUAAAUUUAGGUUUGUGCAGCUCCGCAAAUAUUCUCCAAAUAGCAGACGUCGCCCUUCGAGUUGUCUUCUUGCUGUUCUGGCCAUGUUUUUAGCUAUUUUUUCGCCUAGUUCUUACUCUUGAAACGAGUGAAAUGUCCGCCAUUUUUUCAAGUUCACAACCAAAACAACUCAACCUCGUCCCCUGGUCUUCUCGGUUAACGUGCCUUAACCUGCAAAAACGCUGCAUAUCUGACGUCAUUUCCUCGUUAAAGUCAAAAUUCUUCCAAAUUUGGUCAUCAGUAACUGGUUAUGGUGAAUUAAACGUGUGCUUUUAGCCAAUCAGAAUCGGGGAAAUAAUUUGAAUGAAUAAUAAUGUUACUUAAAUGUAAAAGACCUUCAUUGUAAACAGACCGAUACCCCCAUAUGGAGAGUAACGCACUCCAUAUGGAGAGUAAGAAACAAAAAAGAUACUGUUAAUGUUACUGUUACUCCAGCGAGUGUCACAUAAAGUAAAUACCAUCAUCAGUAGACAAAACGACUUCUUCCAGAUCAAUGUCUGUUAAAUAGUACAUGCUUGAAAGUCGUAUUUUUCUAGUUACAAGAAAGUAGAGAAAUCUGGCUUGAUGAGAGCGCGCUGAUAGGCCACUCCCGCUUUAGAUUUAUCUGCAAGACGCUGUUAAGAAAGAAAGAGUUUAUAAAAGACCAUAAAAAACCGUAAUUAUAUUUGUUUUCAUAAUAAGUUUCGUGCCAGAUGAAUAUUGUGGAAUGUAUAGCAAAUGUGGGAGCCAUGAUGUAAAGGAAGAAAGCUAUUUAACAAAUGGAGGACUUUUUUUGCAUGCAGUUGUAAUGUUAAAUUUAAUAUCAAUUCGGCUUCGAAAAUUAGAGCGUAACUUGGAACUUCUGAAUCCUUCUUAAUUAACGCCACUGAUGACUGCGCUGAUUUCAUAGCUUAACAUGUAACACAACCAGCCAUAACCUUAACCUUCUAAUGCAUGAAGAUUUUCAGAGGUUCUAAGGAAAUGUUUUGCCUAAUCUGAAUUUGUCUGCAAGAAGAAAUGGUCGAGGGUACACGGUCCCUAUAAAGUGCCGAGACAGAUUACAUACAACAAAAGAAACAAUACACCCAAAAAAUCAAGCUUCCAUGAGAACUCUAUAAUAACAGAUGUAUGCAGGCUGGCCACAUGCCUUCAGUUCGCUUGUUAACACCUAUAACCCUAACUAUAGUUUAUAGAUUUAGCCAGCGCUAAAAGCGAAGCUAGGCUUUCGUUAAUAUACUUGUAAAUAAUUUACUCGAACAAGAAAAUAUAUUUUUUAUUUUAUUCAAUAGUCGUUUAUUUACACAACACAUGUUACAGUUACAAAUAUUAAAACUAAAAGAAAGUAUAUAACAGUAUUACAGAUUGGACCAUAAUGAUUACAUAAAAACGGAAAAGAAUAAGAAUAGCUACCAAGAUGAUAUAAGUACAACUCAGUUCCGGAUCUAGACCUUGGGAUAAGGGCGGGUGGGGGGGGCGGUCAUCCAUACCCUUAGAUAAUGGGGGUUAGGAUUAGGGUUAGGGUUAGCAAAAUAUUGUUCAUGCACAAAAAUGUGUUUACUUUACCCGUGAGUUUUACAGUUCUUGUACACAGAGGAUGAGCCUAAUUCACCUCGGGAAAAUAAUGUGAGUAAUUUUACAGAAAAAGGAAAGUGUCCACAAGGUUGUUCAAUUUCAAGGACUUUUCAAGACCUAACAAAGACAUCAAGAAUUUUUUAAGGACCUAAACCGAAUUCAAGGACUUUUCAAGAUUGAACAGACCAUGUAUAACAGAAACAGAAAGCAACGCUAAACGGCGACGGCAACGAAAACGGCAAAAAAAAAUAGUAAAUAGGUCUAAUAGAGAGAACAGGGUGACGUCACGUUGCCAUGGUAGCAAAAAUUCAGGAUAACAACAAUGAAGAGCUUAAGCAAGGACGACGGCGAAAACAACGAGAGCGGCAAAAAAGCGAUAGGUUUAGCAAAAUAAAAACUUUGCACGUGCAUCACGCUUUUUUCUAGCUACAUUUCUUAGCCGUCGUUGCACGACUGCGACAUGGAACUUCCUAAUUUCACGCGCCCGCUCUAUGGAGUUGGUCAACACAGCACAAAAAUUAUCUUUUUCUUAACUCAGAUACGGUCCUUUCGGAUUCAACCCCAGAGAAUUUUGUCAACAUUUAACACAGUAAAUGAAACUGAAUAAGUUCGAUGAAAUUUGAAACAGUGCGAAUUUACUUAGUUAAGUGACGAUUUUAGUUCUUCUUUAUAAUUUCUUCUUUAUUGAUAAAUAAGUACACAAAGCACAAGUUAACGAUAAUAAGAUGCCAAAGCCAGAGGCUUAUAUGGCGUAGGUCAGAGAUUUACAAUGUGCUGCUAAGUUACAAUGACAAUAAAAAUUAAUAAGUACAAGAUUCACAGAGAAAAGGCAAACUAUUACAACAUAUAAGGAAUUAUUACUACAUUUUGGAAGAAAUCGCUUUUAUAUGAGCACAGGACGAAAUUUCAAGAAUCCGUAAAUGAAAACUUAACGCAAACGCGUAAAACCGUUGCGGAAACAUGACGGCAAUCACAUGUUUCCGUUAGCGGAUACAUUACGUUUACCCGUGUUUCCGUCGCUGCGGUUUCGGCGGAAUCGUACCACUUUUUUAUACGUUUCCGUCAAAUUUCCGUCUAAGGAAACACGUGUUCCCGCAAGCGUUAACGCGUGGCAUCCUUGCGGAAACACGCGAAAACGUUCCGGAAACAAGUCAAUUUCAUGUUUCUGUCAACGUAAUCGGAUGUAACUAUUGAGGAAACAAGAGUUUACGAGUCGGAAACUGGUGUUUUCAAGUUAUUUCCAUCGUGAAAAAAGCGCUUUUCACUAUCUUGGGGUGGUUUUCCCGCCAUCUAUAGUAACAAAAACCCAUUCUCUCGACAUAUUUAUUGCACAAAAUAAUACCAAAGCAAUCUUUCCAAGUACUUCCUUUAUUCUCCUUGCUUCCUAAAUUGACAAUCAGGUAUUCUUGGUUAAGUUAAAUUACAUUUUAAGUGUGAGUGCCUAUUCACACUAGCAAUGAACAAGAAUAGUAACAGGCUUCCUUUAGGAAAUCCACUAGAAAUUUUCUUUAGGACAACGUGGUGUUUUUUUUGUAAAGAAAAUGUCAAAUCUGUUAACAAAUUAAUAUCCUAUAUAGCAGAUAGUGAUAAACACUUCCAUGUGCAGCUUAUGGCUAGUGAUAGGUUUGGUUGCCUAUAAUAUUUCAACAAAGUGGAAUAUGAUUUGUCGGGUGAAUGUACAUUGUAGUCCUGAGUAGGACUGUUGUUGACAGCGACUAACGUUUUGACAACAAGGUAAUCAUCAUUUUCAUGGGCAUUGUCAAAAUAUCAGUUCCUGUCAACAGUCCCACUAAGUACUAUACUAACCUGUAUGAUCGUAUACCACUUACUUAUAUCACCAUUUUGCUUCAGGAUAAUAUUAUAUUGUGUCAGGAAAUAUUCUUACUCUUCUGACAUGGUAGUCUAAACUACACAAUUUUCUAUGACCAGUGCAAAGAUUCAAAUGCAAAAAAAAACAACAACAACAAACAAAGUAUGUUUCAUGUAUACGUUUUAGGUCACUUCUAUGCUGAAGUCAUCACUUAGUGUCUUUACCCAUACACAAAAUGCUCCACUUGUAGAAUUGUGAAGAAGAUACAUGAAUCAAGCCAAUUUCAUCAAGAUGUACAAACCAUAAUAAUUCUUGGUGAUUUACGCAGUCAGAGUAUUAUUUUAAGCUUGAAAAAGUUGGCCAAGUGUCAAUCCAUGUUCAUCCUUGUCGUACAUAGCAAGAGGUGACAGGAAACAGUCCCAAUGCCUCAAUCAAGUAUUAAAUAACAAAACUGGACCAUUAUUUUUGGAGCUUAAUUUACGCCACGAUACAUUUAAGCCUCUCACAGAACAAAAUAUAGCAUAACCUAGCCCUUUUUAAGCAAUAUAAAAUGCCUUUCUGGAAAAGAUGUUCACAAAGUUCUAAUAAUUAUUAUUGUUAUAAAUGAUUAUGCGUUAUUGACCAACAUUCGGUCAAGAUGGCGGGAUAUUGGCCAAACUCUUUUUUGCGAGGCCAAUACCCAGCUAUCUUCACCAAACAAGCUUGAUUGGUUUGCCCACAUGAGUAGCUAAUUAGAUCACAGGAUUUGCUUCAUGCAUCUUGCCCGCUCAUGGAUUCAACCAUAAAAUUGUGAUAAAUAAUUAUGCUUUAUUGACUGGGUGUGAGGUUAAGAUGGCUGGAUAUUUGCAUCUUUAUUGACCCUGCCUUCCUCUUAAAAGGCUGUGCUCUAAGAACAAUUGAAGGCAGCCCAGCACUCUGAACUUGUGAAAUCCAGUGUGCCCAACAAAAGAUGUUUCUAUGAAAAAGCAAAGAUUUUCUGGUCACCCGAGAACAAAAGUUACAGAUGUAGGUGCAACGGGCCACAGAACACAGCCUGGUCUUGGUCAAUAAAAAUGCAAAAAUGAAUGAGGCCAAUAUUCAGCCAUCUUGAACGAACAAGCUUGGUCAAUAAAUGAAUUAUUACAUGGCCAAGAAGAGAACUUUUACUUGCGGGACCAAUGCGGGAAAUCCCAAGUGGGUAAAAAGGGCUCAUCUUGCCCGCUUGAUAUUUUAAAAAUGUCGAGGAACAAGUCAUUCGACGUCAGAGCAAGGUUUGGAGCAGUUUAUAGUGCUUCUAAAACUAAAAAGUACCUUUUAAAGAAUAGCACGAUAGGCAGUCAGCUUUUGUUUUCAUUUUUAGCAAACACUGAAUUUACUUGUCCCGAAAAUUUGAACUGGUGGCUCCUUCUACCUGAUAGUAAUUUAUUUUUGAAAUUCCAAAACAAUUUCACAGCUGAAUUUUGAGCGACUUUUAGUUACUGACUUCUGCUCCAACGAUUUUUCUGAAAUUUCUUUGGCACAUUUAUUAUGUCAAUGAAAGCCGAUACCAAAAAUUUCAAUAAAAAGUAUCAGCCAAAUUUUUUACCAGACGCGAUUUUCUUCGAACACCAGGGUCCUUUUAAGCGCUAAUGUCUCAAGAAAUAUUUACCAUCAAUAAAAUCGGAAUAUUUCGUACUAUUGCCGAAUGAUAUCUGUUGUUCGUUGCAAAGUUUCGCAGCCAUCGCUCUUAAAACGAAAAAGUUAUGACGGAAAAUUUGUCACAGCUAAAUGCUCCAAUAUUAAUGACGGAGCCACCUUAAAAGGGCCAGUCUCGGUUGUUUGGAGAUUAGAUAAGAGAUAAGGAGGCGAUUAAUUCUACAAGAAGCAGGAUUUCUUCGCUUAAAGGUUUCACUUCCCACUUUAUCGACGGUCGUAUAUUCUUCAGAAAAUUUAAUAAAUUCAGAAUAUUUAAUGAAUAUUUUCUUCAAAAUAUAUGCGUGUGCAAAUACAAAUCAUUGCUAGAAAGUAAAAACGUAAUGAACAUGGCGCGUCAUUUCAAUCAUCGCCAAAAAUAAACCGCAUGCUCAUCACAAGACUCAUUUUCAUACCAUGAAAGUUUACAACGACCGACCAGUUUAUAGCCUCACCAUCGAAGUUCUCACUGAAGCAUUCACCUGUUCCAAAGUAAUCAACGCUUUCAAGCAAUAGAAUUCGUGGACCGACCCGUUCCCGGAAAGCUCAACAUCUCUGCAUCAAUCUUUCCUAAGCUUUGUUUACAAAAUAGAGCAUGGCGCUGUGACAGGUAGCAAUUCCCAUCUUCAAUUUCCACGAUCUCCACUAGUAACGCCUGGGACCAUGAUUCCCUUUUGGCGCGCACACAAACGAGACUAACUACCUACUGUGCUGGUCUAUGUUUUAAAAGCUUAGCUAGUAAUUUUCUUUUUUUUUCGGGGAACAAGUUUCUUCUCUCAACUCAAAAGACUCGUCGUUUGUCACAGUUACUAAAACAAAAUGGCGUUAUCAAUCAUUUGCCCCAGUCUGUCUUACGACGAGGCACUUAAUGAAACUGGUAUUCCGACCAUUAUUUCAUAUUGCGAGGACAUAUGUGACAAGGUUUUUAACGCUGCCCUCUGCAACAAGGAUAACAAACUUAACAAGUUAUUAACUGAAGCCAAUAAGGCUCCAUAUUUACUAAGAAAUCACCGAUACUUUGCACUUCCAAAGUGGAAAACGGACCGUUUUAAGAACACUUUUAUUUUGUCAUCGUGCCUAAUUAAAGUACAAUUAAAUGAUUCGGUUUGAAUGCUUUUAUAUAUUAUAUGCAUGAAUUUUUAAUAUAUUUAAUAUUGAUGUAUGGUAAAUUAUUUUAUUUUUAGCUUAGUUUUAUUCGUAAACACACAAUUUAGCCUCUGGCUGCCCACGUAUUUAUUUUUGAAUAAUGGGCGUUUGUUUCGCUUAAGUCCAGCAAACAUGUAGCGGAUUGGUCUCAGACCUAAUAGUCCGCGCUUCCUCUAAACGAUCGUCUAACUCUUUCCUGUUUGACUUUCUGUUUACGAUUCACCGCAAACCAGGUGCCAUUUCUACUUUGAUAUCGCGCCAAUAGUUUCGAAUAACUUACUUCCAUUUGACUGACGAACUUUAUCCUAAUACAAUUAAAGAAUAAUACAAGAAUAUUUUCAGCCCAAAAUCGGCAGAGAAAAAUAAGAAUAUUCAGCCUGUGUCUUUUAAACUGAAGCUAUAUAAUACGACUUACAUCGUAUUAGCUGCUUUAAUUAUUAAGGAACAGAUGAUUUAUUAAGUAACUAGGGUGCUGUAUCUUUAGGCCGCCUCACACUCUUUAAGUCACCCGUGAACAUGCAAUUUAUCAAAAAAUGUGUUCAUGGGUCCAGCAAAUACUGUUGGAUUGGUUUGCGACGUAAAAAUUCCGUUUUCCUCUAAGUCACGUCUCAGCUCGUCCUGUCUGACUGUAUGUUUGCGAUUCAUAAUUGAAAACCAACUUCCUUUGCUUAUUUAAUAUUGCGUAAGUAGUUUCAUAUAACUUCCUUCCUUUUUAACUGACGAACUUCAACAUUUAUACGACCUAUCGCGUUUCGCUCGAAAGAAAAUUAAUACUAAUUAUUGUGUGAUGAUGACGUUACAUUUAAAGUUUUAAUUCCGAGUUCAGACAUGCAAAGUUUCAAUUUCAAGCAAGGUGAGAAAUUGGAUAUUGUGAGCACGACUUAGGGACUUUUUUUACUAACUCAACAGUACUCAGUUAAAAACCAAUUGCCAUCGGAGGAGGACGUCUGGAGAAUAUUCAGUAAGUCUCGCAAAGAGUAAUUUCCAGCGUCAGUCUCGUGCAAAAAAGAAAAAAAUUGCAGAGUUCCUCAAAAGUACGGCAGCUGAAACUUAAGACUGUAUAUAACGCUCCAUUCAAUGGUGGAAGCUGAAGGUCAGUCUCAUUCAAAAACGGAUGAAACCUAGAAAGCAAUGAAAUUCUUUGCAUAUCAUAGAAACUGAACGCUGAUUAGGGUUAUGUAAAAAAAAAAUGGCAAGUGCUGAAGGCUUGAAUUUGAUACUUGUUUUCUUCAACGCUUUCUUGUCUUUCACUGCCAUCGUAUUAAACAUCAUAACCAUGCAAGCGCUCAGAAAAACGUCGUCGUUGCCUAAGACUUUAAAAACAUUGCUAUUAAGCCUGGCUGUGUCUGAUCUGGGUGUAGGCUUACUUGUCGAACCACUGUUUGUUGCAUUUCUUGUGAUGGAAAAAAACAGUACUGCUUAUUCUACAGUAAAGUUAGCGCGUUCAAUCCCGGCAAAAAUAUUGGUCUUUGCUUCGCAUUUUGGUGUUUUUGCAUUAGCUGUGGACAGAUUCUUGGCCAUUCAGCUUCAUCUCAGAUAUCAAGAGCUUGUGACCCACAAACGUGUUGUUGAUGUUGUGAUCUCACUCUGGGUGUUUAGUGCAUCAAUUUCCUUCCGAAGUCCUCGUAUUAUGCGAGCGGUCAUUGCACUUGUUUGUGUCAUAACUACAGGAUUGCUUUAUUGCAAGAUAUACGCUUCCGUGAGACACCACACAAAUCAGAUUCACCGUGACGCUCUGCAAGUACAACAGGCGACACAGAAUGAAGAUAUGGCAAAUGCCGCAAGGCUGAAAAAAUCUUCACUGGCUACAUUCUACGUUUAUUUCGUGUAUUUAGUUUGCUAUUUGCCACUGUAUUGUGUUGUUUUUGCCCAGACCAAUGGUGAAACUCCCUUGUUAUCUCAUUUAUCUUAUUUCACAAGGACUCUUGUGUAUCUCAAUUCAUCCCUCAAUCCCUUGAUCUACUGCUGGAAGAUGAGACACAUUCGACAAACUGUUAUGGAUAUACUUCGAAAUAUUUUCGCGAUUGGCCCGCACUAAAGAAAGGAUCUAACUGAGAAUAACUUUGAUUGUGCUAUAUCAGCAUACUCCGUGCCCCCUCGCAGUUAAGGUGACGUAACUCCUAGAUAUCAGUAACCACAUUCUCUUUACUCUAGCGUACAGCCUUAAUAAAUUUGCACGAGUUUCCUUGUAUAUUAUAUUUUUCUUUGGCUUUUGCUUCCUAUAUUUCCUUACCCCACACUUGAGUCGUGCUCAGGGGGGUUCCUAAACACUCCCCUCAUCCAGUCUUCGGACGGUGUCCUGACUCGACUCAACUGUGGGGUUCCCCCCCAACCUCCCUCUAUCGCAGCGUCUUUGGUUCUUUUUAUCUCUUCCCGUUCGGAUUUCCCUAACCGGGUUACACAUGCUGCAAGUCACCCUUCAGCUUUCCUUUAACGUAUCCUGGAGGGACAGCCCCACAGUUGGGCCGGGCCACUCCCCUCAAUUGAAUCCGUCACAUCUGGGAGGCAUUACGCCAACACUGCCCAUCUCUCUAAGGGAGUUUUUCUGGGUUUUUCUGAGUUUCGGGAAGAUUUGGCUGUACUGCAAGUUAAUGAGGUAUUCUGCAAUAAUUUACCGUCUUUUGGAUGAGUCUAUAGCACCCCUGGUGUCGGGCAAAAUUUUUCGCCCAUAACUUAUCCAUCAAAAGGCAUAAGGUGGCUUUUAUGCGAAUGUGAAUUAGUUACUAUUCUCAUUCGUAUAAAAGCCGCCGCGUGACGAUUUAAUCAACUAGAUUAGUGUGUGCUCCCCCGCGAAGCAGUCUAUUGGUCCUUUACGGUCCCCAGGGAAAUUCCCUAGGCCUUUUAAACGCCCUAGCAAACAAAUACGCUCUUCUCACGUAUGGUAAUAUGCCCGUCUAACCUCGUUUUUGAGUAAAAAGUCCUUUGAAAUGCUAAUCAGAGGACGUUUUCGUAUUUGAAUUUCAAAAGAAUUUUUACUCGUAAACGAGGUUAGACGGGCAUAUUACCAUAUGUGAGAAGAGCGUAUUCACUGUCUUCUCGCAAGUCUACUCUACAACGGGCAAGCAAGUUUCCCCACCCUCCUCCCCUUCAGCGGCGCUGGCAAAUUUUCUCUAUCAGCCCACAUUAUGCCUUAUGCAAAAUUUUUCACCCAUAACUUAUCCAUCAAAAGGCAUAAGGUGGCUUUUAUGCGAAUGUGAAUUAGUUACUAUCGCGUUUCGGUUUAAAUGAAAAUAUAUUCAAAUUACUGUGUGAUGAGGACUUUAUAAAUUAUGAAUUACGGGCUCUGUUUUAAUGCUCUGCUCUUGUUUUAAUUCCAAACAAGGGAAUAUUUCGGAUGCUACGAGUACAACUUUAAGUGUCAAUGAAGGGAGAAAGUAUCGUCUUGUUUAUUAAAUGCGCAUUAAAUUGCAAGCAAUGAUGAACUUUCUUUAUAUUAACCUAAAAAGCUGGAGAUAAAUAAAUAUGAUUCACGUUUUGAUAGCUGCCUCGGAUGAAUUUAAUACCACUAUCCAUUAAGUAAGUUAAUAAAGCAUAGUAUAUGGUCCUUGAUUACUUUCUUAAUAAAAUGAAAUUGAAACAUACUUCUCGAGUUGAUUGUAGUUUAAGGCAUAUAUUACUUUUUUGGAAUAUGAUUACUCAUUGAAUUGCCUCCUGGUGUUGCCUGGUUUCAUUAAGCUGAGACUCAGACAAUGGGCCGGUGUUUUAGACGUUCUGAUCGUUUGCAGCUGAUCAAGUCUGACACAUAUAUGACCGAAUGAUUUUUUAAGUAACUACCCACUGUAUCUUUGUUUUAAAACCCCAGCUAGUAAGUUUUUUUUAUUGGUAAUGUCUUUUUUUUCUGAACCCCCAGUCCUAAGACUCGUCGUAAGUCGUAUUUAAUUAAAACUUGGGCGUUUUUUAUAGUUUUUACUUGAGUUCAGCAAACACGUUGGAUUGGUGUCCGACCUAAUAGUCAGCUUUUAACGCCUUCCAAACUAAAAUGUGGAUUUCCAAUUUGGAAAAAUCCAGAAGAGUAUUGGCAUUUGAUACUGAAAAACUUUGUGUUUCUGAAAGGUUUUCGCUAAUUAGAAGGAGAAAAAAUAGUGUUCAGUUGUGUCCACAACUGGCGCGCACAUAAGCGAGACUAACUACCUACUGUGCAGGUCUAAGCUUAGCUAGUAAUUUUUUUUACGGGGAACAAGUUCCUUCUUUCAUGUCAAGAGACUCGUCGUUUGUCAGAGUUACUAAAAAAACGUGCGUUUGUUUCGCUUUAGUCCAGCAAACAUGUAGGAUUGGUCUCAUACUUAAUAGUCUGCAUUUCCUCUAAACCAUUGCUUAACUCUUUUCUGUUUGACUUUGUGUUUACGAUUCACCACAAACCAGCUGCCAUUUCUACUUUGAUAUCGCGCCAAUAGUUUCGAAUAACUCACUUCCAUUUGACUGACGAACUUUAUCCUGAUACAAUUAAAGAAUUAUAAUACAAAAAUAUUUUCAGCCUAAAAUCGGCAGAAAAAACAUAAUAUUCAGCCUGUGUGUUUUAAACUGAAGAAACUGAAGCUAUAUAAUACGACUUGCAUCUUAUUAGUUGCUCUAAGGGGCCGACCAUUUAACUCUUGAGGGUGGGGGUGGGUGAUUUCUGGUCAUCAAGAAUUUUUUUUUUCUAGCAAUCUGGUGGGCAGGAUAUUUUUUUCUCUUUUUUUCCCUUAAGCUCUUUAUUACAUUUGUGCUGCAUGCAAUUUUUUUCUUCCGACAAGCGCUUGCAGGAAAUUUUUUUUCAAAAUCACCCCCUCAAGAGUUAAAUGGUCGGCCCCUAAUUAUUAAGGAACAGAUGAUUUAUUAAGUGACUAGGGUGCUGUAUCUUUAGGCUGCCUCACACUCUUUAAGUCACCCGUAAGCAUGCAAUUUAUCAGAAAAUGCGUUCAUGGGUCCUGCAAAUACUGUUGGAUUGGUUUGCGACGAAUACGUAAAAAUUCCGUUUUCCUCUCAAGUCACCUCUCAGCUCGUUCUGUACGGGGUCUGAUUGUUUGUUUGCGAUUCAUGAUUGAAAACCAACUGCCUUUUGCUUAUUUAUUUAAUAUUGCAUCAUUAGUUUCAUAUAACUUCCUUCCUUUUUAACUGACGAACUUCAACAUUUAUACGACCUAUUGCGUUUCGCUUGAAAGAAAAUUUAUACUAAUUACUGUGUGAUGAUAACGUUACAUUUAAAGUUUUAAUUCCUGGUUCAGACAUGCAAAGUUUCAAUCAGUUCAACCAAGAAGAGAGUUUGGGUAUUGUGAACACGACUUAGGGCCUUUUUUUACUGCUGUCGCGGAAGACUCAGCAGUACUCAGGACAGUUAAAAACCAAUUGCCAUCGGAGGAGGAAGUCUGGAGAAUAUUCAGUAAGUCUCGCAAAGAGUAAUUUCCAGCGUCAGUCUCGUGCAAAGAAGAAAACAUUUGCAUAGUUCCUCAAAAGUACAGCUGCUGAAACUUAAGACUGUAUAUGACGCUCCAUUCAAUGGUGGAAGCUGAAGGUCAGUCUCAUUCAAAAACGGAUAAAACCUAGAAAGCAAUGAAAUUCAGAUCUUUGCAUAUUAUAGAAACUGAACGCUGAUUAGGGUUAUGUAAAAAAAAAAAAGAUGGCAAGUGCUGAAGGCUUAAAUUUGACACUUGUUGUUAACUGCUUCUUCAACGCUUUCUUGUCUUUCACCGCCAUCGUAUUAAACAUCAUGACAAUGCAAGCGCUCAGAAAAACGUCGUCGUUGCCUAAGACUUUAAAAACAUUGCUACUAAGCUUGGCUGUGUCAGAUCUGGGUGUAGGCUUACUUGUCCAACCACUGUAUGUUGCAAUUCUUGUGAUGGAAAAAAACAGUACUGCUUAUCCUACAGUAAAGUUAGCGCGUUCAAUCCAGUCAAAAACAUUGGUCUUUGCUUCGCAUUUUGGUGUUUUUGCAUUAGCUGUGGACAGAUUCUUGGCCAUUCAGCUUCAUCUCAGAUAUCAGGAGCUUGUGACUCACAAGCGUGUUGUUGCUGUUGUUAUCUCAUUCUGGGUGUUUAGUGCAUCAAUUUCCCUUCUAAGUCCUGAUAUUAUGCGAGCGGUCAUUGUAGUUGUUUGUGUCGUAACUACAGGAUUGCUUUAUUGCAAGAUAUACGCUUCCGUGAGACACCACACAAAUCAGAUUCACGCUCUGCAAGUACAACAGGCGACACAGAAUGAAGAUAUGGCAAAUGCCGCAAGGCUGAAAAAAUCUUCUCUGGCUACAUUCUACAUUUAUUUCGUGUACUUAGUUUGCUAUUUGCCAUUUUUUUGUGUUGUUUUUGCCAAGACCAAUGGUGAAACUACCUUGUUAUCUCAUUUAUGGUAUAUCACAUUGACUCUUGUGUAUCUCAAUUCAUCCCUCAAUCCCUUGAUCUACUGCUGGAAGAUGAGACACAUUCGACAAACUGUUAUGGAUAUACUUCGAAAUAUUUUCGCGAUUUGUUCCCACUAA